UAUUUACAGUACUGGUCGUGUUUGUGAUAGCCAUAUGGGGGAAAAGAAGCAGCCCAUUCGUGCAGUUUCUACAGUUUUCAGAGGGUGUUGGAGGUUGCAUCGUCCCUCUUUUGGCAAACCCUUUCCUGGCGCCAACAAAAUAUGUAGACAUUGAAAAUAAUGGAACAUAUUCCAACAUGUCUAAUGCAAGUUCUGGACCAGACAAUGCAUCAAUGGUUGUGGAGACUACUGAAACUAACUUUCUCAUAAAAGAAAACAAUGAUAUAACGGAGUCCAGUGUCAAGUAUGCUUACCUUAUUGUAGCUGUGUACUAUGGGGUAGUGGGUCUGCUUUUCUUUCUUAUUGCUAUCAAAAUGAAAACAAUUCGUGCUUUGAGACAAGAUGCCAAAACACUGAACAAUGAGCAACCGACAGAGUCAACUAAGGCACCACUUAAUAAACGCUAUAGGGUCAAAAUGCUGUUCUUGGUUACUUUGAUCUUUUACGCACAUGGUGGAGUUCAAAUAACCCUUAAUGGACUUAUAACGACUUUCUCCGUUGAAGGACUCCAAUGGACAAAAUAUCUUGGAACAUCUAUAGCGUCGGUUUCUGGAGGUGCAAUUACCCUUUCAUGUCUACUCGGAACUUUUGCAACUAAGAUAUUGUCGCAAUCCCAAAUGAUAUCAAUACAGCUAUUGAUCAUGCUCUUGUCAAUGGUCACUAUGGUAGUGUUUGUUCAGAUGCACACUUAUGUUUUAUGGGUGACAGUCAUUUUUACUGGAUUAUCAAGUGGCAGUAUGAAUGCUUCAAUAUAUUCCUGGCUCCAAGAGAAUGUGAUGCCAGUAACGGGUAUAGUAGUAAGCUGCAGUAUGGUUGGUAAAUCAGUGAGUGCGAUGACAGUGCCCCUGUUGGCAGCUGCUCUAAUGGAGAACGUACAUUUCAUGUGGUUUACGUAUCUGCUACUUGGUAUUGUUGUUUUGUUGGGGGUGAUAGCCAUAUGCAUAUAUGCAUCUUUUAAAGUUCAUAUGAAUAACCAAAACGCACAAUGUGCUGUCGUGACAUAAAUCUUUCAUUUCCUUUUAAAAUAUAUUGCAGAUCGUUAAGCAAAUUGAACGCCCGUUUUUGAGGUUGCCUCUGCCUGUUAAUAUUAUAUAUCAAUAGAUUAAGCUUGUAUUCGCGAAUGCAACUAACGGCUGACGGCUAUCGGAUUAACCUACUAUUUUAUGGCCCACUCAUUUAAAUAUGAAUGGAAUAAUGGCAGGUAUUAUUCAUAUUUAAAUGAGUUGCCCAUAAAAUUGUAGGUCAUUCUCGAUACAAGCUGAGUACAGGGUGUUCAAAAAACUCUAUCUUUAGACCAUGUAGUAUGCAUAAUUGUAGUUUGGCCAUGCCCUGAUAAUUCAGUGGCCGUGCCUUAAUAAAUUCUAAACUCUACAGCUCUAUUAUGUUUCAUCACAUAACUUGUUAACGGGCACGGGAAACAAUUCUAGAGUCUUGUUGAGCUUGCCAUCACAAGAUACCGUGAUGCAGAGGGGGAGAAACUCCAGGAUUCAAAGAUAACAUACGCUUAUAAUGUAAAUCUGUAUUGAGAUGACAUCGUCGCUGAUUGGUUUAGCGAGUCGAUCGUUCAUUGGUUUAAAACUAGGUCAAAUCGAAAACUUUGAAAACCAAGAUGGAG